GCUAACUCAACGCGCUCCUUGUUGAUGCGGCUGGAGAUCUUCUCCACCGAGUUGAUCUUCUCUGUAAGCAGCGUCAGGAAGGCGCAGUUGAAGACCGAAAAAUGAGAGAAAAAUACUAGUGCUAGAUUCGGUUUUGUGCGAGACAAUAACACAACGAGAGGAACCCUUUACUUAAAAACUGACCAACAAAGUAAACAAGUGAAUAGAGAAAUAAGAUCAUCGCAUGUCUUUGUUUUCGUGUUUUUUUAAGUGCCACCUUGAUUGUCUCUAAUAACUUAAUCCCCGAUUCCAAUAAUCUUAUCGUUCGUUUGAUUGGUGACUUGUUUGGGCUAUGAAUAAAUUUACUUUAGUUUAUUAGAAAUGAGCAAGAGACGGGUGCAAGUGCAGGAAGAGGAACCGCUCUUCGGCAACAAGAAACCGGAGCAGCACACGGAACAAUGGGACUCGUUUAAAGAUUUAGAGAAGAAGGAGGAUUCCGGGUCAACGGCACAGUCGCAGUUCUUUCCGCGACUGGAGGUAUGGACCAAGCUUGUGGUAUACGUGAUAACAUUUGCGCUCAUCCUCGCGGCAGCAGUGAUCUCGAAGGGCAGCCUGCUCUUCAUGACCUCGCAACUGUCGAGUACGACGCGGCCGUAUUGCAACAGAGAUAAAGGCAGGAAUAAGCAGUUCGUGGUGACUCUUCCUAGGAUCGAACGGACUGCUUGGAUAUGGUUGUUGUUCUUUGCUUACCUGGUGCCGCAGGCAGGUACCUUGCUCCGGUCUUGUCGCAUGUGUCUUUUCAAAGGAUUGAAGCUACCCACACUUAGUGGGUUCAUGCUGACACUUCUAACGGAGACAUUGCCUACUAUCGGUACGGCUAUCCUUGUCUUCCACGUGCUUCCUGAGAUGGACGUUAUAAAAGGAGCGAUGCUUACCAACGCCGUCUGCUUCGUCCCCGCCGCCGUCGGAUUUUUCUGCAGAAAACGUAAAUGUCCGUCCAACAUAAUGAUACUCACAAUGGAUGUUCUCAGUCUGACGGCGCAGGCAAGCGCUUUCGUAGUUUGGCCUAUGUUAGAGGAUAACCGCGCGCUUUGGUUGAUCCCCGUCGCUGUGAUACUCAUCUCCUUCGGUUACUGGGAGAAUUACAUUACCGAGGAUGCACCUUUCCAAGCAAUUAGAAAACUUGCCGCUAGCUACGAGUUCACCAAUGAUAAAUACUUCACGUACAUUUUCGUGUCCAUCUGGAAAAGUGUCGUAUACUUUCUCAGUAUGCUGCUCAUCAUCUACGGCAGGGAAGGCGAAAUGUCCUUCCUCUUCGACGACUUCCGCAACGCCUUCCAGGAUCAUGGUAUCUACAUCAACGAGAUCGCACCGAUAAUCUCAUCGGCGAACACGCCGAAUAUACCCGAGUUAAUAUCUACAAGCAAAGGGACGACCAUCAUCGCUGACCACCUGGUUCCCGUCUGGGUGUGGCUUAUCAAUGUGUGUUGCACUUACGCCGUGUACGUGAUAGGCAAGUUUGCGUGCAAGGUGAUGAUACAAGACUUCAGCUUCGCCUUCCCCUUAAAUCUGGUGAUGCCGGUGACAAUCUCGGCAUUGAUCGCAGUAAGCGGGGCGUUCGUGCGUGAUGAGUGCGCCUUCGCCAGCGUCAUCCCUUACUACCUGUUCUUCAACGUCCCGCCCAUCUAUUUCUUGAAAGAUUUCCUCGGCUCUCAGCAUGCUUGGAUUUGGUUAAUCUGGCUGCUGUCGCAGGCCUGGGUGACGGCACAUACCUGGACCACGAAAUGUGAGCGACAGGCACGCACCGAGCGACUGUUCGUGCGGCCCAUGUACGACGCUGUAUUAGUCGACCAAGAUGUAGCGAUGAAUAGGCGCAGGAGUGACCGAAGCAUACGCGAUGAGGACAACCUUCGUGAGGAGUACGCAACUGCACUAGGUGAUCAGGAAAUUGUGAAUGCCAGAACACCCAUCAUCUACGCGUGCGGUACUAUGUGGCAUGAGACCAGAGAGGAGAUGCUUGAAUUCCUUAAGUCAGUGAUGCGCAUGGACAUCGACCAGUGUGCUCGCCGCGUGGCCAGAAGCUACAUGAACGCCACCGUCGAUGACUACUAUGAAAUAGAAACGCACAUCUUCUUCGACGACGCCUUCUUCCGAUACAAAGAUGACAAGCAACAGCUGCCCUAUCUGAAUGAGCACGUGAAGACCCUGAUCAAAUGCGUGGAUGAGUCGGUGGAGAAAAUUCACGGGUCAGGUCUGAAGUUAUAUCCUCCCAUGAAGUAUCCGACGCCGUACGGUGGUCGGCUCGUUUGGACGUUGCCUGGCCAGAACAAGCUUAUCGCUCACCUGAAAGACAAGGCUAAGAUUCGUGCGAAGAAGCGGUGGUCCCAGGUUAUGUACAUGUACUACCUAUUAGGUUACAAUCUGAUGGAGAACAACAAGAUGUCGACUGUGCUACGCGACUUAAGAUCUCGCAACACAUUCAUCCUGGCGCUUGACGGUGACAUCGACUUCCAGCCGCAGGCCGUCCUGUUGCUCGUCGACCUAAUGAAACGUAACGCGGCGGUAGGAGCGGCUUGUGGUCGCAUUCAUCCCAUCGGCUCCGGUCCGAUGGUUUGGUACCAGAUGUUCGAGUACGCCGUUGGCCAUUGGCUGCAGAAAGCCACGGAACACAUGAUUGGCUGCGUCCUUUGCAGCCCCGGCUGCUUUUCACUCUUCCGAGGUAGUGCUCUGAUGGACUAUAACGUAAUGAAGAAGUACACUACAACGUCGACGGAGGCUCGCCACUACGUGCAGUACGAUCAGGGAGAGGACAGGUGGUUGUGCACACUUCUACUGCAGCGUGGUUACCGCGUAGAAUACUCGGCAGCCUCGGAUGCUUUCACCCACUGUCCAGAAUCCUUCAAUGAGUUUUAUACGCAACGCAGACGCUGGAUGCCCUCGACAACUGCUAACAUCAUGGAGCUGCUCACUGAUUACCGUAACGUGGUCAAGGAGAACCCCAACAUCUCGCGCCUCUACAUUGCCUACCAAGUGAUUCUGAUGGUUGGCACCAUUCUUGGGCCCGGCACCAUUUUCCUUAUGUUGGUCGGUGCCUUCGUGGCGGCCUUCCAGAUGGACCAAUGGACCAGUUUCCUGUGGAACGUGGUUCCAAUCCUCUUCUUUAUGCUUAUCUGCAAGAUCUUUGAAAAGGACAAAGUGCAACUUUUCUUUGCCGCCGUCAUUAGUGCGAUUUACGGUUUGGUUAUGAUGGCCGUAUUGGUCGGUGUGAUGCUGCAAAUUGCCAACGACGGACCGCUCGCUCCUUCUUCUCUUUUCUUCUUCUGUGUCGCCGGCGAAAUGAUCGUCACCGGUCUGUUGCAUCCUAAAGAGGUUAAUUGCUUGCCCUACGGCAUCAUCUAUUACGUCACCGUACCGAGCAUGUACAUGCUUCUCGUCAUCUAUACCAUCUUUAACAUGAACAACGUAUCUUGGGGAACCAGGGAGAUCACAUUAGUUCCGUCGAAGAAACCGGAGGAUGAGGAACCCAUGACGGAGGAGGAGAAGAGAGCAAAAGAAGAGAAAAAACGAGUAGAGAAGGAACUGGAGGCUGCUGAAAAAAAGAACAAGCCGAACGUAUUCAUGAAGUGGUGGACAAAGUUAUUCCUGAGCAGGGAGAAGGCCAGCCUGUUGGAGAUUCAGAAGACGAUGAUGGAGAUUUCAGAGAGACUGGACCGGAUAUCCAAAGGCAUCCCUGCGAAUCCAGGUCCGGAGGAGAGAAAAACUCAAACAGUAGACAUCAUGCAUGGGAUUGAGGGAGUGGUGACAAAGGCCAAAGUAUACGUUGACGACACAGAGAGUCUGGCUAUGGAGAUGGAUGACGAGAAUUGGAUUGAUGAUGAAGUGCUGGACAAAUGUCAGACAGGCAUGAUCCCACAAGCAGAGAAAGUCUUCUGGAAGAAGUUGUUAGAGAGAUAUCUCAAGCCAGAAGACAACAGAUCUGAAGAGGUGGAGCAGAAUCUGAGGAAUUUGCGCGAUAUGUCGGUAAGCGCGUUCUUCAUGUUGAACGCCCUUUUCGUGCUAGUCGUCUUCUUGCUCACCCUCAAGAAGGAAUUGCUCCACAUCAAGUGGCCCUUUGACAUCAAGACCAACUUCACAUAUUUCGAGAAUAACGAGGUCAUCAUGGUCAAGCAAUACCUGCAGCUUGAGCCUAUAGGUCUUGUCUUCCUUGUGUUCUUCGCUAUCCUGCUGGUCGUUCAAUUCAUUGCAAUGCUAUUUCAUCGUUUCAGCACCUUCUGCCAGAUUUUAGCCAAUACGAAAAUAUCGUUUGCGAAGGAGGAAGUUGACAUACCAGAUAUGAUAAAAAAGAUACGAAACGGAACAGACGAGGAUGAAUCGUACGAGCCUGCAGGUCGCAGGAAGACCGUUGUCAAUGCAACAGCCAAUCAGAAGAAGGGAAAGCCUGGAGUAAUUAACAUGGAGGAGAUCAUCGUGCGUCGAAUGACUCAUGUUAGGAUGAACCUGGAUGAUGGCAAAAGAAUGAAUCUAACGAAGGAAGAGAAAAAGGCGAUCCAUAAAAUGACAACGAUGGACGCGCGCAGAACCACCAUUGUUGCCAAGGGCGGAUUUCAGCAGCACUUCGAGAACCUUGGCAGUACUACCGAGGAAGGCGGUGGUCGCAGAAAUCGUGUUCCUGAGGGUAUCGCGAAUCUGGGCUUCGAACCUGACACAACCAACGUGUAAAACUCACUUUGGAAC